UCACGUCAUUCCAUGAUGGCUGAAGAUCCCGGCGGAACAUUUUUCUAUUUCUCUCUCAUUUUUCUUUCUUUCUCUCUACCUCAGUUCGCCAUAGAGACAUGGCAGGACUCACAGCCCUAAGCGUUCGCAGAUCACUGGUGUCGACAUGCCCAAGAAAGGGAACCGAAAACGGCUGAAGUUUAAGGCUGGGGACGUUUGUUCGGAAUCAGUGACUGUUGCUGAUUAUGCCGAUGCCGACCCAGCCAUUGUGAAGUCAGGGAGGGUGAAAAAGGCUGUCGCGAAUGCAGUUGUCAAAGAAGUGAAAUUACUCUGUGGUCUGGAAGCAUCCCAAGGCGUUGUAGAGGAAGUCCUCUCCUCUGUAGUGAGUGUCGAAACAGAAGCUUUGGACAGCAGUGAUGACCUGGACCCUGAAGAAGAUGGGGAAAAUGAAAAUAAAGUGGCUCACAAGAAGAAAAACAAAAGAAGAAAGGAGAGCAGUGAUGGUGAGGAGUAUCCAGUAGAUAUUUGGUUAGUGCUCUCCUCCUAUAUUCGGCCAGAGGACGUGUGCAGGUUUGCAUUAAUCUGCAGAAAUGCCUGGACAGUCACUUGCACUGCAGCGUUUUGGACCAGGCUUUAUAGAAGACACUAUAGUAUUGAUGUGGAUCUGCCGUUUCGUAUCCAGCCAGACUCCGUUCACAUGAUGCACUGCCUACGGGCACGUGUCAUUCGCUCCCUUUUCCAUUUGUAUGAACCGUUCAGCUUGCGUGUCUCCAAAAUCCCCGCUCUGCCAGAAUCGACACCCACAACCGUGCUCAACUCUAAGUGUUUACUCUUCUGGGUCCAAAGGCUGUCAGGGGCUCGUUCAGAGGCAUUAUGGGAGUUCAACUUCAAGUUUAUGAAGCAGCAGAGCCACAGUAAAAAUGGCUGUGUGCAGUCGUUGUGCUCGCCCAGACAAUACAAAGAUGUCCACACAAACCCGGACUCUGACUGCUAUGUGCUCCAAGUCACCACACUCAACUUCAUCUUCAUCCCCGUGGUCAUGGGCAUGACACUGACCCUGUUCACAAUCAACGUGAGCACAGACAUGCGGCACCAUCGCGUCCGCCUGCUCUUCCAGGAUUCUCCGCUCCAGCGGGGGAAGAAGAGGUGGGAUCAGGGCGGCACACAGGUGGUGUUGGAUCCCGUGCACAGUGUGAGGCUCAUGGACUGGUGGCAUCCACAGUACCCCAUUGUGUUUUCCAUGUAGACCUUUUCUCGGUCCCCGCUGCAGAAAACGUUCACUCCAAGGACUCCUGCUCUUAACGUCAUCCCUCUCAUCCCAACAAAGAAGAAGGCCAAUGGAAGAUUCUGCAAAACCUCUGAUGUUCAAUGACUGGGGUUGCAAAUUUCUGGGAAUUUUCAAAAUGGGAAACUUUCCAUAAUGGAAAUUUAUGGGAAUAAACUAGAAAUUGUCUAAAGUGAAGUUUGGGAACUUAAAUAUACUUGGUAAAUAAUAUAUUGUAGCAUAAACUUGGCUAAAAUAGUCAAAGUGGAUGCAAAAACAUUUGAAUGUCAAUGUUGUUCCUCAAACCCCUACAUGCACUGUUUACAUUUGUAUAUGACACAAUUUCUUUAAAUUCCCCAAAUUUCCAGGUAAUUUUCAUUAUUUCCGUUGGAAAGUUUCCAAUCUGGGAACAUUUCCAAAAUUCCUGAACUGGAGUUCCCAUGAAAAGUCUCUGGAAAUUUACUUUGCAACCCUAUCAAUGAUUGAAGCCUGUAGUUCACACUACAUCAUUUUCAUCUUGAUAAUCUGGUUUUAUGGCGCUUUUCCAUUAUACAGUUCUAACAAAACUCGGCUCUACUCGGUUUGCUAUCAGGCCACAUAUGCCAUCACCUCAUAGUACCACCUCAAUGUGGUACCUGGUACUUUUUUUAAAACCUGCUCUGGCGAGGUUCCAAGCAAGCUGUGCCGAUACUAUGCGUGAGGUCGUCAGAAUGCCGGCCAUGGAUUGGUCAGAAUGCUGUCACAGGAAGAGGCAUGAGCACGAUGUCCGACACAGGAAUCAAGCUGAACUGUAGAUCAAUUAAAACGACUUAAAAAUCCUCGAAGCGUGUUAAUCUACAACAUUUAGCAAAAGAAAUAUAUCAAUGUUAAUUUAUUUAUUUAGCGACCGCACUACCGAAAGCCGGCGAUCGCAAGCAGUGAGCCCUGCCGCGGUAUUCACUAACUGGUCGUGCAGAAAGUACUGAACAAAUCUUUUUAAUUUACUGAUUCAUAAAAUAACUGCUGUACUAGUCACUAGAUGUUCUGUGUCAAAGCAGUUAAAUGCAGCUGUGCAGUGAUGACUCCGCCCACGUUAAGGAGGUACUGUAUUGUAAUGGAAAACCAACCAAACUGUAGAGUCGAGCCGAGGCGAUACUAUGUAGUGGAAAUGCGCCAGAAGAUAAGCGAGCGCUGUUUUAGUGGCAGCAUUUAAAACUACGCAAAAUUAGCUCUGUUUUUACUUAUCAUCCCCCUGUGUCACUUGUCGCAUGAAUUUUUUGCAAUGACAUGGACAAGAUAUUGGUUUCAGCUCCUCUUGGUGAAAUAAUUGUUGAGUGUGUAAACCCCCCUCCCCCACAGUCACAAGUCACAUGUAGUGUGAACUUACAGCAACUGCAAAGACUUGAUCACAAGACUGCAUGUCAUGAAGCGUGGGAUGCAUCGCAGUCCUGUGACUGAAAGCUGUGCAGUGUGAACCUGGCUUUUGGUUUAAAUCUCAUUACUUAUGUCCAACAUCUUGCACUCGCUGUGGUCCAUCUAUCCAUGGUCUACAGCCCCCCCCCUUCCCCUCUCCUCGCCAUGUGCAUUUGUUUUGUUUUGUUUCUCUGCUUCUUUUUUGCCGGCUCCUCCAACCUCUAACACUAUCACUGCCUUGAUCUUAUUAGCCUGGCUAGGAUUGGAGUGUGUGUAGGGCCGUAAAGCAGUGUGUGUGACUUUGCGAGACCUCCUGAUUCUGAGGACUCCGGGUCGGUAGCCCUGAUCUUGCUAGGCUGGUUUCUGCCAACAUGCGGGAAGGGGGAGUGGAGACAGCCCCCAAUCUCCCCGCUACAAGCCAUUUAUCACAGUAGCUUUAGUAAUCGCAAUAAACACACAUCAUGUUAACAUGCCAAUCUGAAACUCUGAUCCAUUACAGCCCAUUUGUCAUAUGAGCAGUCGAUCUGAUCGUGACUUCCUGGAUUUGUUUUCUGAUCCACAUUAAUGUGAUGCGUUUCCGUCUCGUUUCUGCUGUAGUUCCAUUCCAAAAAAAGAAUAAUGAACGGACACAAAAAUCAAAUGUGGUAGAGGAGGGAAAAUGAGAUGGAUAGCAGAUGAGGGGAUAAAUAGACACAGCGAGUGUUUGUUUACUAAGGAAGUGGAAGUGGAAGUCCAUUCCAACUGAACACUUGAAUCAUGUGUACACACACCACAAUCACAUCGUUUACUUUUGUGUACAUGUAAACGAUAGAAUUGUAAAUUCCAAUCUGAGCCAAUGAGCUUUUUUGGAAUUAAGAAAUUUUGCACACGUAAACGUAGCUAAUGACUACAAAGCUGUUCAAUUUGGGUUUAAAUUGCAUGACCAUUCACCGCCCUCAUCACCACAGUACCUGUCAUUCCUCUCUGGUCUGAAUACAAAUCUGCUAAUGUCCACACGGACACAUUGCCCUGACCUAAACCCAUAGCAGGGAGGUUUCAGCAUUUAGCAUCUACUGGUAGCAUUAAAGUUGUGGAGUCCACCAUUUUGUCAAGGCAGACAACAGACACGUGUCUGAGAGUUUUAAAAAUUGAUGAUCGACAGGGUGGAAUUAUUUCACUGCACCUAGAGGCUUGUUUUGUGUUCACUCAAACGUUGCUCUGAAAUAACUUGAGUUUUACAUUGACUUGAAAUGUGACAGUGUUGCACCAACAUCAUUUUAUUUCUCUUUUUAAAUAUGUACCUUUCUUGAGUGCUCUGGUCUUAUCAUGUGAGACAUCAUCCUCUGAUAAACAUAGUUACUGCACCGAUGCAGAAAAUAAAACUGCCCAUGUUAAAUGCC